CAGCCUCCCUGACACCCCCUUCCCCUCCCAUGAAACCUGCCUCCCCCGACACCCCCAGGCCCCCUGUCCCAGCCUCCCCCGACAUGUUCUGCUUCCAUGAGACCCCCCCCAGCCUCCCUGACACCCCCUUCCCCUCCCAUGAAACCCGCCUCCCCCGACACCCCCAGGCCCCCUGUCCCAGCCUCCUCCGACAUGUUCUGCUCCCAUGAGACCCCCCCAGCCUCCCUGACACCCCCUUCCCCUCCCAUGAAACCCUCCUCCCCCGACACCCCCAGGCCCCCUGCCCCAGCCUCCUCCGACAUGUUCUGCUUCCAUGAGACCCCCCCAGCCUCCCUGACACCCCCUUCCCCUCCCAUGACAUGCCCAGUCCACCGCCCCCCGGCCUCCCCAACACCCCAUUCCACUUCCAUAGCACCCCUGCCGUGCCCUGCCCCCAUCCCCUGGGUGCUCUGCUCCCACCCACCUAGCCCCCCGUUCCCCCGUCUCUCCCCCCAGAUCAUCAGCAAGCGAGCGGGCACCCAGUGCAGCAACUGCCAGACCACCACCACCACCCUAUGGCGCCGGAACAGCAGCGGGGAGCCCGUCUGCAACGCCUGCGGCCUCUACUACAAACUGCACAACGUCAAUCGCCCCCUGACGAUGCGGAAAGACGGAAUCCAGACCCGCAACCGCAAAGUCUCCGGCAAGGGCAAGAAACGCAGAGGGGCGGCUCCGGGUGAGGGGGGGGCUGGGCCCCCCACCCCACUCGAACUGCUCUCCCCCCUGGGCGAGGACCCUGCCUCUCUCUAUGCCCUGAGCCCCAUGGUCCUGUCCAGCCACCUGCUCCCCUUCUCCCCCUCCACCCACCUCCUCGGGCCCCCCCCAGCUGCCUACCACCCUCCCCAGGCCUCCCCAGGGGCAGGCGCCUCGCUGGGGUGAUAGGGGCCCCUCACAGAAGGAGGCUGAGCUGGAAAAAGGGCAGCUGGGUGAAUAUUUGGGGUACAGCUGUUGGGGGAGUUACCCCCCCCAGCCACAGAGUCAGGGAUUGGGACAGAGGGGGCAGAGUGUCGGGGUACAGAGGGAUUCACCUCACCUUAGCAACUGCAAGGAUUGGGGGGCUCCCCCUAGAAAUGGGGCCACCCUCCAUGGGCCUCCCUGAGCUCUGUCUGGGCACACACACCCCCCGUCUGUCCCAUCCCCCACACACACACACCCGUCUAUCCCCCUAGAUCCCCGUCUGUCCAUCCAUCUGUCCCUCCCUCCAUCCACCCAGCCUCUUUUGAAGGAAUGAUCCCUCAUUUCUACCCUCCCCUGUGCCUGGGUUUCUCCUUCAGCACCCCCAAAUCCUCACACAGGGGGCUCCCCCCAGCACCGUCCCCCCCUCUUCCUCCUCCUACACCCUCUCAACCCUUCAUCCCUUGUCACCCCACAGUGAACCCAUCCCCCCAUGAUCCAGCACUGGCUGUGAUAGGACCCCCCCAUUCUUACUCUCCCUUCUGGCACCCCGAUAUACUGUGGGUUAAAAAAUAUAUUCUGUGGAAACCACAUUUUAAAAUAUAUUCUAUAUUUCUUGUAAUGA